UGACACUUAAUGAGAAAGUUCCUUUAGCAAAUACAACUUCACUAACCAGUUCAAACACAAAACGAAGCAAACAUGUCGUGGUGUUUGAGCCCAGUAGUGUGUAUUACACUGAUAAUACCAUAUGUCAAUGGGGAGAGUUGGGUUACAGCUAACCAUGGGACACCUCCAGUAUUUACCGGACUUGCUCCUAUGAAGUCAGGCUGGUCAACAAAACUGUUUGGUGUUGGAAAUAAAUAUCUACAGGAGCGAUACUACUCGAGCGGAUGGAUUUGGGCCAACCAUUGGGAACCCUGGGGCUUACAAGCAGGUGAGCAUCUUGCAUCUGAGCCAUGUGUUAUGUAUGAUGGAAAACUUUUCAUAGUUUCUAACUAUGGCCGUUUGUUUGAGAGAUAUUGGAGCAGUGGUUGGCAAUGGUCGAUACAUGGAAAAGCACCUGGCUCUCCAAACGCUGUAACAUUGCGGCCUAUGUGUGCAUGUAAAAAUAUACAUGGAGGUCGGGUUUUUGUUGUUGGUACUAACUUUAAGUUGUAUGAGCGCUGGUGGUCAUAUUCUAGUAAUUCCUGGCAGUGGAGGUAUCAUGGAUCACCCCCAGGCACUUCUAUUGGGCCCUCUGCUAUUGAUACAUGUACUGACUCAGGAUGUACGGAGAUUCAAGUAUACCUGGUUGCAGGAAAUGGUUAUGUAUACUCCCGAUACAUCACCGCAGCUAACCCAGGAACACCCAGCUGGUAUCUAGUAGGGAAGCCCUCAGGUAAAACUGCACAUAGUGUAAGAGUUAGUGGAGGAGGUCUCUUUGUGACAACUGUUGAUAAUUAUGUCUGCGAGCGUUUGUCUUCCACAAAUUGGAUUUGCUCACGACCAUCAUCAACUACUUCAACGCCAUAUCGCUCCACAACUUUAUCGAAAGCAGUGCAAGUGAACAACUGCCCUCAACUCGGAGGUUCGGCAAAAUAUCUUUUUGUGAAUAAUUGGGAUGGUACAACUACAACUGGAGGAUGGUUCUUCAUAAAGCCAAAACCAGUCAACAUACGGGGAAAGCUAUGGAGAUUGAAGGUGUCUGGGAUGUCCCAUAAUUGGGUAUACCAUGGGACGGCAGCUCCAUGCUGCUAUUAUCAUCGUCCCACUAUAUUUAUGAGCGGGUCCUGCCCAAAAGCAUUUUUCGUCAAAUCAAACGGCAAUGUCUUGGAAAAAUAUCUUCCAUAAAAAUGUGAACUCCAAUUCAAUGAUUAUGACUGUGAUGAGACAUUCACUGAAGUCCAAUUUGAAAUGUACAAGAUAAAAUGAGAGUUCAAAUAAAUUAUGAUUGUUUUGAAUUGACUAAAAA